UGCAGCAGUAGGCCAUCAUAGCUAGCGAGACACGCAGCUCCCACGGAUGCCUUACGCCGCGGGUUCCCGCUGCCUGGCAACGCCGGACCACACACCCGGCCCCCCACUGUUUACGAACCACCCAUGCCGUGUCUGCGGAGGCUACUUUCAUGGACUGUGCGGUGUGCAUGACCCGCUUGGCGACAACGAGAUGCACCGUCCGUGAUUGCCACGGAUGUGUCAACUCGAGCAACCGCAAGGAAUCAAGCACAGACUCGACUGCUGGGGCUGCAUCUUCGAAGCGCCCCUGCCCGGACGGGCGGGCAACGGGGAAGGAGAAGCGAGCGGGUGCACUGGGCAGCUUGAAACCCGUUGGCAACACCGCACGUAGGAAAGUUCGUGGCGCCGAAAACCGCGUACGACCGACGCUCGAAGACAAAGUUCGGGCGCUCGACCUUUUUUUGAAGAGCAUGAGCGGCGUAGCAAUCGCGAAGGACAUGGUGAUCGGGGUGAGCACCUUGUACGGGUGGAGAGCUAAGGAAGCAGACAUCAGACAACAGGCAGCAGUCUCCAUGACCGGCGCCAAGACUACGAAGGGGGCUGAGUUUGCGAAGGUGGAGCAAGCAGUCAUGGAAAUGUUGUUGCAGGCGAGGGCACUGAGAAUGCUUGUCAACCGGGACGCGAUCCAGGCAUUCGGGCGCAAAGCUCGUCGUGCUCUCGAGAUCGCAGCAUCUACGGACGCCGAGCGUGUGCAGUACAGUGGCUUCAACGCGUCCGAGGGGUGGGUAAAAAACGUCGACGACGAAGCCAUCGCCGAUUGCCUCAGAGUAAUCCGCGAGACGUGCGCUCAGUAUGCCCCAGAAUGCGUCUACAGCGCCGACGAUACCGGGCUGUGCUACAGGAUUAUGCCCAAGGCUACAUACCUCGCACCAUCAGAGCUCAAGAACACUGUGCGAGGCGUGAAAGCCAAGGAGCCCCGGUGCUUCAAGAUCCGGGGCUCACCCAUCAACGAGAAGGUUCUUCUCAUUAUGGACAACCACAUCAGCCACGCCGACCUCGUAGACCCCAAGGAGCAGGCGAAGGAACGCAAGGUGAUUCGGGGCUGCAUGGGGCUCGCGGAAGGAGCGCAGCCUCACAUCCUGGACGCAGCUGAGCUAGGCCUCGAGGCGUGGAAGGAAGUUUUGCCGGAGACAAUCAAGAGGUGUGACGUGGGAAAGAAUAUCCGCAACAAGGAGAGUCUCGAAGAGUUGAUGGACUUGGUGCAGCGUCUUUCCCUUGAGACGAAGAAGACAACUGUCGAUGAACACCUUGGCGAGGCGCUUAAGGGUCUGGGGUUUGCACCUGGCGCAACGCCACCCCGAGCUUCCAUGGAAGCCGUGCAGACAUGGUUGCGUGUAGAGGAAAAAGAGGGUGUAGCGGAGGCGAUUAUUGCAGAUCUGAAGGACGAUCUUUGUGAGGAGUCGCUUGCCCACCUGAACAUGGACCAACUGAACAUAGACUCGGACGACGACGAGGCCGACUCUUCGGCGGGAGACGAGGGACAGUGUACGCAGCCCCUGGUCUCUCCUCGUCCGCCACCGUACGCUGACGUACGUAUCUAG